CGGUCACAGCGCAGCCCUCAGCGCGUAAGCCAUUGGCCACGACACAGUUUGCAGUAAUAACAAGCCUGUCUCCCCCAUAGCUCUUCAUACCUAUAAUUGCCCCCGCCACCCUCCGCGUCAAUGAACCGUCCAUCCCAAGUCACAGCUUGUAUCCGGAUUCGCAUUGCCAUCAUAUGCGCUCUACCCCUGGAAGCAGAUGCCGUGAAAGCUAUUCUGGACGAGGUCUACGAAGGAACGCAAGACAUCUAUACCAGACAUUCCGACGAUACGAAUAUCUACACCCUUGGGCGAAUAGGCCCGCAUCAUGUCGUCGUGGUUCAGAUGUCUGGCAUGGGGACGUUGAACGGCACGAUCGCGUCGGGAUAUCUGAGAUAUACCUUCAAAGAAAUUAAAAUUGCACUUGUGGUGGGAAUCUGUGGCGCAGUUCCUCAACUUCCGGAUGGACGCGAUAUCUUCCUUGGGGACGUGCUCAUCAGUAACGAUGGGCUAGAUCGAGAAGCUGGAUUGAGCAAUCUUCUCCGGUGGGAAUUCAAUGAAACAGACAACUGGAACGACAAAUCGGAGCUCGUACGCGACACGCAUCGCUUAGAAGCCGAGCUUGCGGUAUACUUGAGGAUCGCUCAGAAAGCCUCGGCUGAUGAACAAUAUCAGUACCCCGGAGCUGAGCAAGAUCAGCUCUUCCCGGCAUACUAUCAACACCGGCAUCCGGCCAGUAUACCCUGUGAUCUGUGCAGCAGGUACAGUCGCAUAGAUGGUCCGGGGUGUCUGGGUACUAUCCACCUUUCCUGUGAUCUACUGGGAUGUGCGCGACAUCUGGUUACCCACGAGAUCCGGCGUCGUUCGGAUGGUGCCAGCGACAUAUGCACCCAUCCGAGGGUGCAUUACGGCACCAUUGCUUCCAGCGACAUGGUGAUGAGGUCCGGUAAGGAUCGAGACAAGUUUGCAGCGGAUCACGGGGUCAUUGGGUUCGAGAUGGAGGGCGCCGAGGUGGAUCUGUAUCUCCCUUCUGUUAUUAUCAAGGGGGUCUGCGACUAUGCGGAUAGUCACAAGAGUAAAACGUGGCAGCAUUAUGCUGCGUUAAGUGCGGCUUGCUGUGUAAAGGCGCUCCUAGGAGGAUUUCAACCAUCAGACCAGAACUCUGGUGAAGGGACUGCCGGUACGAAAGUGGUGCUCUUGCCCGCGAGACAUCAUCAAUCUUCUUGUGAAUUCGUGGUGCAGAUCCACUUUGCGAACGCUGUUAUUGGCAUUGUUCUGGCCGUCGUGCUUCUAUGGGUAUAUGUGUAGCGUGGAGGGCUGGAAUCAGCGCUAUGGAUCUAACCGACAAAAUGAGUCAUGUCGUGAGGCCCUGAAUGCAUGCGAGUUGUGUCCUAACAUUUAGAAAUUGUUCUUCUGCGAGGAGCGGUUGGCUAGAAGUCCCUAAGUAAAACUUCAAUCUAGUCGCAGGCUACGAUAUUGUUAUGCCUAUAGGAGGAGGGUUGUGUUGGAGCAUCGCUCGA